CUCACAGCCCGCUGGAACCCAACACAGCCCGCGGCCAUGGCGCUGCGCGCCUUGGAGGCGGAGGUGGGCCUCAGCUGUUUUCUCGGCGCUGGCCAGCGCUUGCAAGGUCAGCUGCGCUCCCAGAAGUUCCCUAUGGACCUGCAGCGCCACGACGUGCUGCGCAGUGGCGAGGUCCUGCAUUUGUCCUCCCUGGGCACCGGGACCUCGUCACCGUCAAAGCCUUUCCACUGCGCGGUGUACUUGCGGGGCUCGGGCAGCUUGCAAGAACGCCUAGCGCAGGAGCUGCAAGUGCCGAAGGCGGCUCUGCGGCUGGGCCCCCGGCUUCGCCAGCCAGGCGUGUCGGUGCAGCUGCUCUCGCUGCCGAAAGGCCUUCCUGACAAACCACCCCGCGAGACACUGACCAGCGGCUUGCUGCAGGAUGAGGAUGCGACGCUCGCCCUGGGCCACACGGAUCUCGCGGAAGACGGGCGCAGCGUGGCCCAUCGCUUCAGCGUGGUGCUGCGUGGCUUGAACCCACGAGAGGCGGAGCUGUUGGAGGAUCGCGUGGAGGAGAUUCGGUCCAACGGCUUUGUGAACUUCUUCGAGCUCGCGCUCUUCGGGCUGGCAGAGGUCCGACACUUCGAGGUGGGGGCGUGCCUGUGGGCUGGCCGCUGGUCCGACGCCUGCCGUUUGCUGCUCACCGCCAAUCGCCGCAGCUCCCAGCUCGCGCCCGCCUCACAGGCCUUUGCGCAGGACGACUACGAGCGGGGCCUCGAGCUGCUGCCCAGCGGCUGCAAAGGUCUCAGGUCCCUGGCCAUGAACCUGCUGCUGAAACGCUCGGCCCACGAAGCCUUGGUGAAGUCCUUGAGCCGGGCCGACUGGAGCCGCUACCUGGGCGCCGUGAGCCGCCUGGCGUGGAACCGCGCGGCGGCGCUACGGCUGCAGUCGUUGCCUUUGAAGCCUCAGCCAGGGGACCUGGUCUUCGACGAGAAAGCUGGCGAGCCUCGUCCUGUUACAGCAAAGGAAGUCCAUGAGGAGCGGUGGCAGCUGCGAGACCUGGUGCUGCCGCUGCCGAGGCCUUCACAGGCGGUGCCCUUCAGCGGGGGUCGCCUCUCCAUGGAGGCGGUUCUGCGGGAGCUGUGCCCAGAGGAGGAUGCUGCGCCAGAGCUCUUCCCCCUGAAGCUGGAGCAGCUGCUGCCCAAGGUGCGGCCACUGGUCGCCGUGCCGGCGGACUUCAGCUGGGAUCUGGCGGAGGGUGACGGCAUCCGUGUGCCCUGCGAUCUUAGUCGCCUGCAGCCGUCUGAUCCUCCAACCACGGGGGGGCGGAGGAACCGCCGAGAACGCGAGGGCCCAGCGCUGAAGCUGCGCGCCACUCUGGGGAGGACUUCCAGCGCGGAGGCGCUGAUUCGUGAAGUGCUCAAGGCGAACCCCUCGGAGUUCCAAGUGGCUUUGGGCCGAGCAGACGAGACCUUCUGAGGUUGAAGCACCGUGCGCGAUCGGGGAAA